AUGUCCUGGACAGCUGAUCCGCAAGCAUUAGAACAGUUAAGGCAGAUCUUUAGAGGCACUCUAUCUACCAACAAUCAAGAACGUAGAUUAGCUAAUGAUGCUCUUCAACAAGCAAAAUUACAACCAGAAAUUGAAAAUUAUUUAUUUGAUUUAUUGGUAUUAGAUAAUACUGCAAAAUCAGAUAUUAGGGCAGCUGCUGGGAUCAAUUUAAAGAAUAGUAUUUUAAAACGAGAUGGUGGUAAUAAUACCAAUGCUGUUGUUAAUCGACAAUAUUUAUUAGAUAAUAUUUUAAAAGGAUUAACUUCAAAUGAUAAUAUGGUUAGAAAUAUUACUGGAAAUGUCAUAACUUCAUUAUUCUCAAUCUAUGGAAUUGAAGGUUGGCCUACGAUUUUACCCAAUUUAUUAGAAUUAGCCAGUAUUCAAACUAAUCAUGGAUCAACUCAUCAUCAAGAAGCUGCCAUGGGUGCAUUGAGUAAAAUAUGUGAAGAUUCUUAUUUGGAAUUAGAUAAAGAAUAUCGAGGAGAAAGACCAUUGAAUUUCUUAAUUGAACAAUUUUUGAAAUUGUUAGAAAAUCCAAAUAUGAAUGAACGAAUUAAAGCUCAAGCUAUUCAUUGUAUUAAUCAAUUUAUCCCAUUAAAAACACAAUCUUUCUUAGUGGUGAUUGAUGUAUAUUUAAUGAGAUUAUUUGAAUUGGCAACUACUUUAAAUGAUCAAGUUAAAAAGAAUAUAUGUACUUCAUUCUUAUUAAUUCUUGAAUCAAGACCAGAUAAAUUAAAACCUCAUCUUGAUGGAGUGAUUAAUUAUUGUUUACAUUUAAUGCAACAAGAUUCAAAUAAUGAAGAAGUCUCACUUGCAGCUUGUGAAUUUUUGUUGGCAUUAUGUACUUCAACUACAACUGAUCAAGAUAAAGAAAUUUUUAUUAAUAAAUUAAAAUUAAUUUUACCUAUCUUAUUAGAAAAAAUGGUUUAUUCAGAUGAAGAAAUUUUCUUGAUGGAAAUUGCUGAUAGUAAAGACGAUGCCGAUAUUGCUGAUAAAGAUGAAGAUAUAAAACCACAAAAUGCCAAGGGGAAAGACGCGCGUACAUCCAAUGGAACAACCACCAAUAAUAAUAAUACCACCACCACAACCACUCUCAAUGGAGGAAUUUCCAGCGCCAGAGGUCUGGAUGAUUCCGAUGAUUCCGAUGACGACGACGAAGAUGAAGAUGAUGACGAUUUAGAUAUCGAUCAAUGGAGUUUAAGAAAAUGCUCAGCCGCCACAUUGGAUGUUCUUAGUGAAAAUUUCCCUGGAGAAGUGUUGUUAGUUACAUUACCCAUCUUACAAGAAAAAAUCGUUUCCCCCAAUUGGCCAGUUCGUGAAGCAGCAAUAUUGGCAUUUGGGGCCAUAAGUAGUAGUUGUAUUGAACUUUCUCGGGAUAAAUUGCCUACAUUGGUUCCAUUCUUGGUUGAUCGAUUACAUGAUGCCGAACCAAGGGUGAGACAGAUUACUUGUUGGACUUUGUCAAGAUAUGCUUCAUGGGUGAGUGAGGAGGCUCAUGAGGGUGGUGAAUAUGCCAAUUAUUUCCAGCCUACUUUCCAAUCGAUUGUGAGUUGUGCAUUGGAUAAGAAGAAGGUUGUUCAAGAAGCGGCAUGUUCGGCAUUGAGUUCAUUUAUUGAAGAGAGUGAUUCUAGUUUGAUUGAAUUUUAUUUAGAACCUUUAUUACAACAUUUUGCUAAAUGUUUUCAAACUUAUCAACGUAAAAAUUUGAUUAUAUUAUAUGAUUGUGUUCAAACAUUUGUGGAAAAAAUGGGAUAUGAUAAUUUAUCAGCAAAACCAGAAUAUAUUAAUACUUUAUUACCUCCAUUAUUAAAUAAAUGGGAAAUCUUGAAUGAUAAUGAUACUGGAUUAUGGCCACUUUUAGAAUGUAUGGCAUCAAUUGCUGCUACUUUAAGAGAAUUAUUUGCUCCAUUUGCUAUACCUGUCUAUGAACGUGCUAUGAAGAUAUUAUCCGAUUGUAUUCAAUUAGAUCAACAAUGUCAUACUGAUCCAAGUAUUGAAGCACCAGAAAAGGAUUUCAUGGUCACUUCAUUGGAUUUAAUUGAUGGAUUAAUCCAAGGAUUUGAACAUCAUUCAGUUGAUUUAAUCCAACAACAACAACCAACUUCGAACUUAAUGGAAUUAUUAAUAAUUUGUUUGGAAGAUUAUAAUGCCGACGUUAGACAAUCAGCAUAUGCCUUAUUAGGAGAUUUAUCCAUAUUCGUAUUAGAUCCAAUUGUUAAACCAUAUUUACAUUCUAUCUUUUUAGGUAUUGGGAAUGAAAUUAAUAAUCGAACAUAUAGUACUUAUCCAGUUUAUAAUAAUGCAAUUUGGGCCCUUGGAGAAAUCAUAAUGAGAAUCCCAUUCCAAGAAGUUGAAAGUUAUAUGAGUAAUUUAAUUGAUUUAUUAAUCCCAGUGUUAAAUAGUAGUGAUAUCCAAUCUACUGUAUUAGAAAAUGCUGCUAUUUGUUUAGGUAGAAUGGGAUUGAAUGGAGGUGCAAAGAUAUUGGCACCUCGCUUAUCGGAAUUCAUCGUGAAUUGGUGUUCUCAAUUCAUAUAUUUGGUAGAUAAUAGUGAGAAAGAAACUGGGUUUACCGGGAUGUUGAAUAUUAUUAGUAUGAAUCCUGAUCAAGGAUUUGGCGGGUUGAGUAAUACACAACAGGGGAAGAAGAAUUUCGCGAGGUUGUUGUCUUGUAUUGGGAAUUAUAAUGAACCCGGGCAGGAAUUACAACAUUUGUUUAUGGAUUUGAUUCAGAAUUAUAAAGUGCUUUUGGGUGAUGAUGGAUGGAGAAAUCAAGUGUUGAGUCAUGUUGAUCCUGAGAUUAGAAAUAAGUUACAACUCAUCUAUGGUGCUUAA